AGAAGCUCGUCACGUUACCGGAAGUCUCCUCCAUGCGAAAAUCACACACACACCGUGGAGAUUUGUGCUGUUUUCAGAGAUAAACGUGAACUUUACUGUACGGUGCCAUUUUAAUAUUAAUAAAUAAAUAAAAAUGAGGCGCCUGGGCUCCGUUCAGCAGAAGAUACCGUGUGUUUUUCUCACGGAGGUGAAAGAAGAACAGUCCAGAAAACGGGACGGACAGCAAUUCCAGGUUGUUGCCACAGAAACCGUGAACCCCGUGGCUCUGGAGGCCAACAUUGACUGUGCUCUCGCCACAGAAAAAAUAGACGGAACCUGCUGUUAUGUUACAGUUUACAAAGGGCAGCCUCACCUCUGGGCUCGACUCGACAGGAAACCAAACAAACAGGCGGAGAAAAGGUUCAAGAAGUACCAGCACGCUCACCGCAGCUGCAAAGGUUUCACGUGGAACGUGGAGGAGGAUUUUAAGUCGGUUCCAGAGUCGUGGAUCCCUGCACACAGAGUUAAACAUCUCAACGGGCAGCCAGUCCCUGAUGAACACGGACACAUUCCAGGCUGGGUUCCUGUGGAGAAGGAGAACAAACAGUACUGCUGGCACUCCUCCGUGGUGGACCCAGAGCUCGGGGUGGUUCUGCUCCUCCGGCCCAGCGCCGACCAUGGAGACGUGUUAGAAGUGGCAGCGGUCCCGCUGGCCGAGCUCCUGGAACAAACUCUGGAGCUCAUCGGAACCAACGUCAACGGGAACCCCUACGGCCUGGGCAGUAAGAAGCAGCCUGUGCACUGCCUGGUGUCUCACGGGAGUGUCCGGAUCAGAAACCCUCCUCCGGUGGACUUCCAGCAGCUCUGCUCCUGGUUCCAGGAGAGUCCCGAGGGCCGAGUGGAGGGCAUCGUCUGGCACUGCAACGACGGCACGCUCAUCAAGGUUCAUCGUCAUCACCUGGGCCUGAGGUGGCCGGACGGAGAAACGUUCCUCGGGGAACGCUCGGUGGUCGUUAACGUCGACGGGACGCUUGAAGAAUACAACAACAGCAAAGACUUGUUCACAUCGUUCUCCAGACUGAAGGGACAGAUCCUCGGCCGGCUGCAGGACGUCCACUUUGACUCCUAAAUCAGUCGGAGUUGAUGAAACUUUCCCUUUUUUUUUGUGACUGUGAGGAUUUGUCACUUUGACGACAGCUGCCAGGUAUUCUUGCCAAUAAUUCCAGAUUUUAAGGCUCGAAAAACAGUUUGACGUUUGCUUUGUGAACAGCUUUACUGUAAAAAAAAAAAGACCAACUGGACAUUUAUUUAGCAACUGAAGUUGUUCAAAAUGUUCCAUUAAUAUCCUGUAAAUAUUGUAUGUUUACUGCUAAAUGAAGAAUAAAUGACAAGUAUUUAAACA